UCCGGGUUGUCGCGGCCCUCAGCCACAACCCGGAAGUGGAUGUUGGGUGGGGAGGAGUCUCAGCGGACUCUGAGCUUUGGAGCCAUCGGCCGGGACCAGAGCUAGCCAUUUCUGGUGAGGCCUGCGUCGCUCUCUUCGGCGUCGUUCCCACCUCUGUGUCCGGGGCGUGAAGACUCGGGCCCGGCCCAGCCUGGCGCCCGGAGAGGCCGCGGGCUCCCCGGGCCCCGGUGGGGCCGUAGCCGACGCCUGAAGGCCCGAGUGUCCGGCCUCUGGGGCACUGAACUAGUUGAAUGAACGAGAAUCAUUGCAAGAGUCAGCCUUGUGAGAUGGUACAGCCCAACGGGGGUCCAUCAGGAGAUUACGGGACCCUUGGUGAAGGGUCUUCCCUGGGGAAAUCAGCCAUGCUGCAUCUCCCUUCCAACCAAGUCUCUCCAGAGGCCCUCCAGCGCUGCUUGGAGGAGAACCAAGAGCUCAGAGAUGCCUUACGACAGAGCAACCACAUGCUUCGGCAGCGUUAUCAAGAAUUCCUGAACUUUCAAGCCAACCAGAAGGAGGAGAAGGAGUUCCUCAUGCAAAAAUUUCAGGAGGCCAGGAAGCUGGUGGAGAAGUUAAACAUGGAGAAGCUGGAACUGAAGAGACAGAAGGAGAAGGCACUGCAAGAAAGCGAGGAGGGUCAGAUUCCGGGCGAGACGGAAAAAGAGGCUUUGAGGACCCUGAAAGAGCAGCUAGAGGAACGUUUGCGACAAUUUCAGGAGACCAAUGAAAGCCUCCAGAAAGAGAAAGAAGUUCUUCUCCUAGAGAACCAGGAACUAAGGAAGCAAGCGGCCCGGGGGCCGGCUGGGGAGAGCCAGCCGAGGACCAAGGACAGCGAAAUCCAACCGCAAGGACUGCCGGAGACAGAAUCUUUGCAGGGGGCAAGUGGCAGGAGUGGUGAUUCAAGUGAAUCGCUGAAGAAGAAGAUGCAGGAUGUUGAGAACGAGAACACGGCGCUGAAGCAGGAGCUGGUGUCCCUGCAGGGCAAGAUGGCCCAAAUGGCAGUGAGGGAAAAAGAUGUGGAGAGGAGGGCUGAGCAGCAGUUACAGGCCCUGAAGAGGCAGGUGGAGCAACUGACAGAAGACAAAGGCUCUGUGAAAGCCCAGGUGACCUCCCUGCUUGGAGAGCUGCAGGAGAGCCAGAGCCGCUUGGAGAUCUCCAAUAAGGACAAACAAGUCCUAGAGGACAGAGCCCGGACAGCCAGUGAGAGAGUCAAGCAUCUGGAGAGUGAGAACGAACAGCUGCACAAACAGCACAGUGUGCAGGUGGAGCAGCUACGCAUGCAGACCCAGAACGUGGAGGCUGCCCUGCGGAUGGAGCGGCAGGCCGCAUCUGAGGAGAAGCGGAAGUUGGCUCAGUUACAGGUGGCCUACCGCCAGCUCUUUCAGGAGUAUGACAACCACAUCAAGAACAGCCAGGCGAGCAGUGAGCGCAGUAGGGGAAUGGAUCUUCAGUUGGAAGACCUUAACCAGCAGUUGCAACAGGCAGAAGAGGCCCUGGUAGCCAAACAAGAAUUGAUCGACAAACUCAAGGAGGAGGCCGAACAGCACAAGACGGUGAUGGAGACCAUUCCUGUCCUGAAGGCACAGGCCGAUAUCUACAAGGCUGACUUCCAGGCAGAGAGGCAGGCCCGGGAAAAACUGGCCGAGCGGAAAGAACUUCUGCAGGAUCAGCUGCAGCAACUCCAGAGGGAGUAUAACAAACUGAGGGUUGACUCGAAAGAAAAUACCCGGGCUGUGAACACAACUUUCUGCUUUCAAAGUAUUGAAGAUAUGAGAAAACGGCACGUGGAGAACCCCCAGCCAGCCUUGCCCCAGCCGGUUCAUCUUAUCAACCAUCACCUCUCCUUUCAUCCCAUACCACCUGGCCAGAGGAGAAGUCUCCCAGAUGAGCAACCAGAUUUUUGUUGUCCGAAGUGUCAGUACCAGGCCCCAGAUAUCGACACCCUGCAGAUACACGUCAUGGAGUGUAUUGAGUGACUCCUGUUCCACCUGCCCUGCCAUACCCCAUGCUUGCUUUCACUUGCCCAGCCCUUCUUGAUACAACAUUAGUGAUCUCCACUUGAUUGUAAGCUUAAGAGAGGAGGUGGAACGGCCAUCCUUCAUCUAGUUUGCUCUUUGCCUGACCUGGCUUGCUGUACCUCAUGUUGGGUCGAGACCUUUCUGGAGCAGGAGCAUCAUAGGCUUGAAGAUCUAGAAUUGGAAGCCAUCCAAUUUAUCCCUUCCCCCCUUUUUCAGAGGAAAAACUGAAGUUGAAUUAUACAAGUAAUGGCCAUCAGAGAGAGCAUUUGAAUCUAGGUCCUUUGACUGGAGCCUGCACCGCCAUCCGAUUUUGUCACCUGUUGGAACAGAGGAAGCUGGAGCAGGGUUGUAGAUGCUACUGCCGGCCCCUCGUUUGGUGUUCUUGCCUUAGUCUGGGAGGGCCCCCUGACCCUAGCUCAUGGGGAGAGAAUUCCCAGUAUUAUAUACCCUAGUUACCAUCUCUAUGGUGCUUUUAAGGUUUGACCCAGGGUCACGUGCUCGCUCUCAUUGGAGCCCUUCAGUACUCUUGAGGCUUGGGUGUUUUUUUUUUUUUUUUUCCCCAUUUUACACACACGGGAACACUGACGUUCAGAAGUAAAGAGGCUUAUCCUCACAUUUGGCCCCAGAUCUUGCUGACUUUAGGUCUCCUGGUAGAGAUCAAUCGGUUACGCUUUAGUCCAUGCUUGGGAAACCUAUGCAGUCAAUACCAAAGAUUUCCAUCUGGGGUUCUAGCACUUUUGGCCCACAUGAGCACAUUGAGCUUUCUUGCUGCAUUCACUUUUAGAACGUGCCUCUUGUCUUGAUUUUGAUGCUUGAACUUUGUACCGAGUGUACUGGGAACAUUAGAUUGUACUAGAUUGUACACUAGAGUGUACUAGGAACAUGAGAUUAUUUUUUUUUUUUUUUUUUCACUUUUUCUGUAGUUUAUUAUUCAAUUAGAUUAGAGAACUGUGAGCU